GCGCUGUCCCAGCAGCGGCCCGGCGCGCUGGGCGGCCGCCACGUGCUGUACUCCGUGUACCUGGACGGGUUCCUCUUCUGCAGGGUGCGCUACAGCCAGCUGCAUCGCUGGAACGAGCGGCUGAGGCGGGUCUUUGGAAAUUGCCUGCCGCCCUUUCCACCAAAGUACUAUCUGGCAAUGACUGCCUCUAUGGCUGAUGAGAGGAGAGACCAGUUGGAACAAUAUUUGCAAAAUGAAUCCAUGCUAAUAAAUAUAUUGAGAAGUGAUGUCUUCAUUGAGUUUUUAAAACUGGUUCAGCUGAACACAUUUAACAUCAGUACCAAAAAAGCUUCUCUGGAUAUAUUUCUGCCCAAUGGAAGGAGUAUUAAAGUCGAAAUCCUAACAUCAGAUACUGCUGAAAGAGUCCUGGAGGUGGUGUCACACAAAAUUGGACUGUGUCGGGAGCUCUUGAGCUACUUUGGUCUCUUUCUCAUUCGGCUUUGCAAGGAGGACAAGCUCUCUGUUAUGAAAAAAUUGGCAGACUUUGAACUCCCGUAUGUUAGCCUUUGGAGUUCUGAAGUGGAAGGCUGCAAGGUCGGGCUCAGAAAGUGGUAUAUGGAUCCAUCCCUCGACUCCAUGCUGAUGGACUGCAGAGUGGCCGUAGAUCUGCUCUACAUGCAGGCAAUACAGGACAUUGAAAAAGAAUGGGCUAGACCCACGCAGGAGCAGAAGCAGAAAUUAGAGGCUCUGCAGAAAGAAGACAAUCAAACAAAGUUUUUGGAGCUGUCCCGGGAGGUACAGCGCUAUGGAUACAUGCGGCUGGACCCCUGUACCUGUGACUACCCAGAACCAGGCUGUGGGGCCAUUCUUUCAGUCGGCAAUGACGAGAUCAGCUGCUGUAUAACCCUGCCUGACAACCAGACCCUGGACAUCGUUUUCCCUAUGAGCAGGGUGAAGUGCUGGCAGGUCACUUUCCUUGGGACUCUGCUGGAUAUGGAUGGGCCCCAGCAAACUCUCAACCAGAACUUAGAGCUCAGAUUUCAAUACAGCGAGGAUAGUCACUGGCAGUGGUUUGUUAUUUACACCAAGCAGGCUUUUUUGCUGAGUAGCUGCUUGAAAAAGAUGAUCUCAGAAAAGAUGGUAAAGCUAGCAGCCGAGAAUCCGGAAAUGCAGAUUGAAGUUCCGGAAGAAGGCAAAAGUAAAAAAUAUCACAUUCAACAAAGCCAGCAGAAAGACUAUUUCAGUUUUCUACCAAGAAAAAGCAAGGUUAAGAAAGCUGAAGGUGACUGUGUUUUUAAGACCAUAAAGGAAGAAGAUCUUUGA